GCGAGAGUAAGCUGCGCAUGCGCCGUUGGCAGCUGGGGAUGCGCCGGGAAGUCUUGCCUCCCCAGCAGUGAACGGCGGUGAGCACGAUCUUCAAAAUGUCAACUGAAAGCCAAAGGGUGGAUGACAGUCCAACAACUAGUGGAGGUAGCUCGGAUGGAGACCAGCGGGAUGGGGUUCAAAAUGAGCAAGAGCGGGAAAAAGUUCAACCUAAGAAAAAAGAAGGAAAGAUAUCCAGCAAAACUGCUGCCAAAUUAUCCACUAGUGCCAAAAGAAUUCAGAAAGAACUUGCAGAAAUAACGCUGGAUCCUCCACCAAACUGCAGUGCUGGACCCAAAGGAGAUAACAUAUAUGAAUGGAGAUCCACUAUACUGGGUCCUCCUGGUUCUGUGUAUGAAGGGGGUGUUUUCUUCCUCGAUAUUGUCUUCUCUCCAGACUAUCCUUUUAAACCACCUAAGGUGACAUUUCGGACAAGGAUCUACCACUGCAACAUUAACAGUCAAGGAGUCAUCUGUCUCGAUAUCCUGAAAGAUAACUGGAGCCCAGCAUUAACCAUUUCUAAAGUUCUCCUCUCCAUCUGUUCACUGCUCACAGACUGCAACCCUGCUGACCCUCUUGUCGGAAGCAUCGCCACCCAGUACACGACCAACAGAGCAGAGCAUGACAGAAUGGCCAGACAGUGGACCAAGAGAUAUGCUACAUAGGAUUUGUUGCAGUGGACCUGAGCAAGCACAUUCACUAAGUGCAUCAAUAGCGCUUUUUUGGCUUUUUUUUUCUCUUUUUUUCUUUUUUUUUACACCUUGUGACAAAAUACUGUAUGUCCCUUUUUAUUAAGACUUUUUGUUAACUUGAACUCCCCCAAGAUAUAUUUGGGAUUUUUAGUUUCUGUGUAAGAAUUGUUGACUAUGUGAUAGUAUAGAGGUUUGUUUGGAAGCCUUGUAUCAAUAUUUGUGUUUUUGGUUUGUUUUUUUUAGGGCAACGGGGGGUUAUAAUUUAAUUUUUGUUGCCUCCUACUGACGUUUGUUAGUGUUAGAUUUUUUUUCCCCUUGUUUUAUAUUUGAUUUUUUUGUACUUUAGUCUUUCAAGGUGGGUGCAUGCUCCAGGGAACAAAGUUUUAUAUAUAACAUUUGAAAGUAAGAAUCACUGUGUAUAACUAGACUGUGUUCCCCCACUCUGAAUGAACAAACUGGGUAUUUAAGAUUGCUUGUAAAAUAUUUGAGCAGAAUAUUGAGCAGCUGAUGUACAAUUGUGUUAAAAAGCACUCAAUAAA